AUGAGCGACGGUCUAAGCUCCAGCUCUUCAACACUAUCACAGGAUGGCAAGGGAAAAGAUCUGGGUGCGGCAUUGCACGACUUUACUGCUUAUUAUGGAUCACCGCUCGACACCGUGUCCGCAAGUUUACGUCCAUUGGGUGAUACGUCAAGUUCAGAAGGCGCCUUCAAGAAGAUCAAAGCUGAAAGUGUGACUACAAGCGGAGUGUUCACGUCAUCUCUAUCGGGUAUACCAUCAACUCCAGCACGAAGGCGUCAUCGCACUACUUUCACUCAGGAACAGUUAGCUGAAUUGGACUCAGCUUUUCAGAAAAGCCACUACCCAGAUAUCUAUGUUCGCGAGGAACUUGCACGAAUCACUAAGCUAAACGAGGCUAGGAUACAGGUAUGGUUCCAAAAUCGGCGAGCAAAACAUCGAAAACAAGAAAAGCAACUAAAUAAGACACUCAAUCCUCAUCAAGCAAUAUUCGCAGCAAAUCCAGCUAGCAAUAUUAUGCGUCAGGGAAUGUACCCGUCCCCACUUGGGAAUCCACGCGAUAGCUUUUGGUAUCCAUCAUAUCCACGACAAAUGCCCUAUCCGACAGCCACACCGCCGUACUCUACAAAUUCUUUCACAAAUCCGAUAACGAAAGCAAUGGCAUUAACCGAAUAUAGUCGCGACGAACAAAUAGUUCUAGGCUUCUACUUUGAGGGCACAAGUCGACUUUCAGUGCGCUGGCAUUCACCAACAAUAGACGAGACCAACAGAGCAAAAAACUUUCUACUGCGGCCAAAUCAGGACCUGUAUCGCAGAAGCACUUCGUGCGUUAGCCUAGCGAAUGAGUACGGUCUAUACCGUGCUUGA